GACUAGCCCGCGCUUUACAGCAUUGCCAGGGCAGCUGCAAACAACAAAAACAACUUUAGCGGCUUUGUUAAGAUCACGACUUUCUAAGGUUUAGAGGAACCUGCCAAUUUCAUCUUUUACUUUAAUGGAAGCAAACAAUACCAAAUAUAGUAGUCUUCGGCAAUUGUUAUUAGCUCUAUGUCGGGCCCAUUCAGACAAAGCGCUGGUAGCGCUUCAAUUCCAUCUAGGUCAAGAGUGACCUCGUUUCGCGCCUCGUUACAGAAAGCAAACCAACCAUCCUAUAACUUCUUCACCGGCUCCGAAGAGGUACCGACAACAUCCAACCAUGCUAGGCCUUCUUCGCGACAAAGCCACGCCGGCGCCGAGUCCCAACGGGCGUCGUCGCAUGAGAGCUCCAAGGAGAACCUUGCGCCACCCGAUGCAGAGGAGUAUGAGACUCAGCGGCGAAGAAUAGAAGAACUCAAGGCCGAACUCGCCGCCGUCCGCUUUAAGGUUGAGAAUUACGAGCAGGAGAAAGAAAUGAUCGCCCUGCAACACGAUAACGAACUACGAGAUGUGCGUCGGAAAGCCGAGGACGACUUCAAGCAGAAACAGGCGGCCGAAGGGGAUAAGAACAAGGCCCAGCGACUUUGCGAAAGCGUACAAGCGGAACUGCGAGAGCUGAAAGAGAACUCUGCAGGCGAAAAGCUCGAGGUAGAGAAGAAGGUCCGGGACGCUGAAGAUGAAGUGCGUCUAUUGAGAGAGCAGUUGGAGGACUUAUCGGCUGUAAAGGAAGAAGGGGAGAGGAUGACCCAGAAACGAGUUAACGAUAUGGAGACACAAUUAAAAAACCUUCGAGCGACUAUCCAAGGACUGGAGCAAGACAACCAGGCCCGAGAAUCUUCGAUGCAUACCAUUCAGCAGCAGCUUGCGGAUAAGGAUAAGCUCAUUGGUGAUCUAGAGGCCGAAGUUCUACGGUUAAAGGCACAGACAGGCGAUGCCGAGACCAUCGCCAUUAUCCGCCGCGAACUCACCGAGCAAGUGCAACAUAUUAGGUCCCUUGAAUCGAAGAACGCCAAGCAGCACGCCGAAUUAACACAUCUACGUCAGAUACACAAGGCUGUCGAGGUUGUAGAAGAAGAGAAGCGAUCGCUUCAACGAAGGCUCGAGGCUGCCGAAGCCUUAGAACCUGAACUUAACGAAGCUCGACUUCAAAGACAACGAUUAGAAGACGAACGUCUGGCUUGGACCGCGUACCUGCAGAAUGCUAGUGCGGAUGGUGGAAUUAUGGAAUUUGAUUCUCCCCAGGAUGUUGCACGUGCGUUAGUCGAGGAGAGAUACAACUCGGCGUCCCUCGUUGAAAAGCUCGGCGAGAUGCAACCCCAGAUCGCGGAGCGGGAUGAAAUCAUUAAAGCUCUAGAAAGCGAGAAGAAGAUCUGGGCUGCUCAGAUUGAAAAGUUGAAGACGGCUAGUGCUCCUGUAUCGGCAACCAAGGCACAGGCUCGAAUAGAGCGCCAGCGUGCCCUUGCUAUCAAGGAAGUUGAAUAUCUGCGUGCUCAGCUCAAGGCCUUCGAUGCGGAAGAUGAAACCUUCAACUCCGAGAAUUUCGACCAGAGCAAAGUUGACCGGGUUGCCGAGCUCGAACAGCUUGUCGACAAAUACAAGGAGGAAGUACAGUCUCUGCAUAAGGAACUCUCCACUAUGGAAUCGUCCGCCAACGUAGGAGAGCCUUCGCUGGGCUCUAAGCGUAGCCGAUCUGACGAGUCAGAAAGCGAGCAACUCGGCGAAUUAAAUAGGAAACGUCGUAUGCUAGCCGACGAGCUCUCGGAAGUAAAAACUCAUUAUCAAGUCCUACAGAAAGAGCAUGAAGUUCUUCAAUCACGCCUCGCCGCUGCCGAAUCUACAAACAAAACGCGUAUACUAUCGCUACGCUCGAACCCUACCUCCGAUUUCGAAGCGAUCAAGAUGUCCACACUCCAAGCUCUUAAACAAGAGAAUAAGGAGCUGCUAGCACAGCUCCAAAAAGAAGCUCGACGCAACCCUAAUCCGAACAUCGCUUUGAUUCCAGCAUCGCAGCUAGCAGCAGCGCGUCGCGAGAUCGAGGAGGCGCAGAGGGAAACGGCGUCUGCCCAAAAGACGACGAGGCGUCUGAAGGAGGUGUGGGCUGCCAAAUCACAGGAGUUCAAGGAAGCCAUAUUUAGUACCCUGGGAUGGACCGUGACGUUCAUCCCCAACGGCAAGAUGCGCGUCGAGAGCUUAUAUUACCCCAGCACUUCAGACGAGCAGGAGAAUAGCAUCGUCUUCGAUGGCGAGCGCGGUACUAUGAAGGUCGCCGGAGGCCCACAGAGCCAGUUCGCUAGGCGUAUUCAAGAUCAGAUACAAUUCUGGGUCCGCGACAAGGGCUGCAUACCUGGGUUCCUGGCCGCGCUUACGCUGGAAUUCUACGAGGAGCAUACUAGGGUUAGUCGAUGAGCUGGUUGCCCUAGUGUUUAUGAUAAGUUAAGGAGUCGAAGGGUAUGGGUACCACACUACCUCGAUGGUGGAAGAACGACUUUCUGUUUACGCGGCAUGACAUGGCAUGGUCUAGCAUGUAAUGAUACUUAGCUAUAAGCUGGAACGUACGCCGGCGUUCGGGGUCAUUUGGUUAUAUCCAAAACCGAGUUGCUCGGUCGAAGUGGUUAUUUGCUUGCUUCCACGAAGUCCAGACGAUUAACGUAAUUUAAACAUGAAAACAUUUGCCUCUAGUAAGAAAUC